AUGGCUUCCACGACAAUGGGGACAGAUUACUACACCCUGAGAAGCACGGAUAACGCAAACACUUGGUUCAGUUACUUUGAGAACUUCCGUCGUCCAAUCGACUCCUUUUCCGGGGGCAUCGUUCGAAGGGGGACCCGGGCGAAAGUGGCGAUUCUUGACAGCGGCAUCGACAUAUCCCAUACAGAAAUAUCUACAAAGGAUAAAAAGAGAAUCAUAGACUGUAGGAGUUUUCUUAUUGACAGGCCUGUCGACGAUGCAGAUGAUUCGGAUUCGCGUCGUCACGGCACCCAAAUUGCUGUCCUGUUGCUAAAACGAGCGCCCUUUGCGGAUAUUUACGUUGCAAGAGUAAAAGAGGACGAUGGCUCCCCGUUGAAUCCAGAGAGUGUGGCAAAAGCUAUUGAAUAUGCAAUUCAUCCAUGGGACGUGGACAUAAUAUCUAUGUCAUGGGGGUUUGGCUCUGAGUAUGAUGUAGUUGCCAGUGCCAUUCGCAAAGCGUCCGAGAAAAGGAAGAUCAUGCUCGUAGCUGCAUCUAACGCUGGAGCAAAUAUACCAAAGCCCAUUUUCCCAGCUAACAUGCCUGAAGUCAUUUGCAUCAAUUCGACUGAUGGGUACGGCAAGGUGUCGAACUUCAACCCCCCUCCUCGGAAGGACCACUACAAUUUCUGCACCCUCGGCGAAGCAGUAUUGGAUGCAUGGCGGCCAAAUGACUCUUCAAGCCUUCGAUACCGAGAUACUGGCACCUCGUUUGCUACCCCCCUGGCGGCUGCAAUAGCGGCCUCCUUCAUCGAGUUCUUUCGACAGGACAAAUUUGGAAGACUCGAAAUUGCUGACUCCCUGAAGAAUGAAGUGAGGACGCGAGAAGGGAUGCUCAAAAUAUUUGUAGCUAUCAGCGAGAACUUCCAGGGUUUCAACUACCUGCGGCCUUGGAGUCUGCUUGAGUGUAGGGGGAACUGCGAAGACAGAUGCGUGGAAGCCCGAGAGUCUGCUGGCCAGAAGCUGUCUAAUAUUCUGCACGACGCAGUGCCAUCGCCAGCAGAUUGUGAAAUGCUCCCCAAUGCUCCCAUAUUAGCCCAUGCGGUUGCUGCUGAUGUGCGAGCCCUUGCUCAUGAACAUGAACCUACCUGUCUUGCUGGCACCCGGGUUGAACUGUUCCGCCAAAUAGAGGCCUGGAUAGAUGGUACCCCUGAAAAAUGUAUUUGCUGGCUUAGUGGAAGACUGGGUACUGGAAAAUCCACUAUUUCUCGCACAAUUGCUCUGCAGUACUCCAAACAGGGGCAGCUUGGAGGAACCUUUUUCUUCUCGAAGAACGAAAAGGACCUCAGAACGCUGUCAAAGUUUGUCAGUUCCCUUGCUCAUCAGCUCAGCGGGUUGUCCCCGUCCCUGAGAGUAGCAAUUUCAACAGAGAAGAGACACAGCACUGAAAUAGAACAAUUAGCAAUGGGAAUUCAGUGGGAAAAGCUUAUAUACAAUCCACUUUCUCUGUUGAGUCCAAGACAGAGCCCUAUCAUUAUGGUUAUUGAUGCAUUGGAUGAAUGCGAAGGCCUCAGCAAACGACAAAUCAUGGGUAUCAUCAACCUGUUCGUUAACUCUGCAGCGCUGCAAAAUAUCCGACUACGCUUUCUCAUAACCAGCAGACCUGAGAGCCAUAUCCAAGCCGCUUUUAAAGAAUCACCUCAAAACGUCUAUCAUAUUGAACUAGACAAACUUGAUAAGUCUACUGUUGAUCUAGAUAUUUCCCAGAUGUUUCGUGGAGAGCUCAGAAAUCUACAUACGGAGAAACGUGGGGUCGAAGCCCACUGGCCGAGUGAGGAAUCUAUAUCAAGACUCACUGAGAGAGCAAAUGGUCUCUUCAUUUAUGCUGCGAUAACUUGCCGGUAUAUCAAAGAACCAGGGGCCACAUCAAUGAAUGAUCGCCUAACCCGGAUCUUUCAAAACCAAGCCUUCGACUCUCUCGAUAAUAUGUACGACCACAUCCUAACCCAGGCAGUGACUGGUCCGGAAAAGGAAGUACUGGUAGAACAGUUCCGGAUGAUUCUUGGAACUAUUGUGGCUCUAUUUGAACCAAUGCCAGAAACAAGCCUGUGUGAGUUGUGCCCGAAAAGGCUGGAGCUUGAAGUUGUAUGUUCCAGGCUCGAUUCUCUCCAUUCGAUUCUGGUGAUACCCGAAUCGCCCAAGGAGCCGGUGCAUAUCUCUCACCAGUCCUUUCGCGAAUUUCUCCUGAGAAAGCAUGAAGAAAACCGCAGGAUCUGGAUUAAUGAGCAGAUGCACCGGGAUUUAUUCACCUCCUGCAUCCGACUGUUAUCCAGCAAUUCACAAUACGGACUCAGACGAGAUAUUUGUAACCUGCGCCACCCUGGUAUCGAAAUCAAUCAAAUAGCUCGAACUAGAAUAGAGGAAUAUCUUUCUAUUCACACUGCGUACGCAAGUCGACACUGGAUAUAUCACCUCAAGGAACUGGACCCUCUCCAACGCCAGGAUGUUGGUCUCUGUGACAAUGGCAUAGUCCACAUCUUCUUGCUAGACCACUUGCUUCAUUGGCUUGAGGCCUUGAGCUUGCUUGGAGAAAGCUCUGAAGGGAUGCGCGCCAUUCAAUUAUUGAGUAGUAUGAUAAACGCCAAUGUAAGCCCUCAGCUUUAUGCUUUUGUCGAAGAUGCAAAACGGUUUAUUCGCUACAACCGUGCAAUCAUUGAACAGGCUCCUCUUCAAGUAUAUUGCUCUGCCCUAGUUUUCGCACCAGAACAGAGCUUGCUCCGCAAACACUUUGCCAAAGAUUUGCCCAACUGGAUUGUGAGAUACCCAAAAGUACAACCAAAGUGGACAUUACUUCGCCAAACAUUAGGAAAUCUUGCUGGUAAACCAUCCCAGGCCCGCCACUUCAUAUCCCCGGCAUUUUCCAAGGACGGCACGCUUAUAACCUCAAUCUCAGGGCCCGCAACAGAGGUGAAAUCAUUCCGCGUUUGGGACACAACCACAGGUGCACUGCUCAAUACUAUUGAACACCUCAAGGAUGCAGACUUCGCACCAAGUGAAAAACUGGUGGUUUCAGUCAAUUUUUCGAACUCCGUUAAAAUUUCUGACGCAGUAACCGGCACGGUGACCAGGGUGCUUGAAACCACAGGCCAUGGGAAUUCUGCCAUUCAUUCGGUUUCGUUUUCACCUGAUGGCAAGCUAGUAAUUGUCUGGGCAGCACAAAUGUUAGUCCAGGUCUGGGACGUAGAGAGUGGGACUAUGUUGAAGACGCUUGAAAGAUGCCACUGCCCUAAUAAUUUUGGUACGCCCCGCCAUCUCGCCUUCUCCUCCGAUAAUAAGUUGAUAGGGGCUUCCAUCAUGGGAGGCCACCCUGAAACAUGGAGCAUGACCUGUAUUUGGAAUGCAGAAGAUGGUUCUGUUGUGUAUCAGUUGAAAGGGUGCUAUACAUACACAUUUUCGCCUGAUAGUAAGUUGAUAGCCCUCGCAAUUGCAGGAAAAACGCAGAUUCUGGACGUUAGGAAGCGUUCGGUUCUGUACACCAUUGAUGCUUGCACCAACGUGGCGUUUUCCCUAGAUGGAAAGUUGGCGUUAGCACAGGCCGAGCUAGAGAUCCUAGGAGCAACACAAAUAUCAUUCAGGGCUGCAGCCACGGGAAAACCAACUGGUACGACUAUAUAUCUAAACGGAUCGUCGACACCAGAUACAGAGCUUAGGCACAUGGACGUUGAUCAUAUGGUAUUCUCUCCAGAUGGCAAAUUACUGGCUACCUAUAACUGGGCAUGUUACCUGCGUCUUUGGGAUGUGGCCUCGGGGGAACUGGUAGAAUUGUUCAAGAACAGCAAUUCGGUUUCCUUUUCCCCCGACGGUACGGUAAUGGCAUCAGGAUCACCCGACAACCUCAUUAGGAUAUGGGAUAUGCCAACCCCAACAUCAGCACAUUUUAUACCAAUUCUAAAUAAGGCCAAAGAUUCAAUAAAGCGGCUUUGGAGCGCGCCAGCACCGGAAGAAAAGAUAGCGAGCGCCUAUGGUGGUAAUAUCUUUGCUCUUGUGCUUUCGCCAGACGGCAAGCUAGCCGCAUCAGGUGGCUGCGGAUUAGAUGCUACAGGGGCUCCGGUCGUAAUAUGGGAUGUGGCAAAGGGUGUUCCGUUGCAGCAAUCGAAGUUAAACUACUCCAUUGACAAGAAUAUUCUCUUUUGGCCAAGCGAUAAGCGGCUAGUAUCAGCGGAUGCCUAUGGCUGGUUGGUAACUUGGGAUACUACUUCACUCGAGGAACUUCCAAUGAUUGACAAAUCUCACAGACUUGUUUUAAAUAUGGCUAUUUCACCAAACGAGGGAAUGGUACUAGUGGCAUUGGAUACGUACCCACCUGAAUUAAUGCAUGAGGAAUAUCACAUAUAUGAUUUCAACACUGGAAAACUCCUUCUAGAACUCAACGGCCGCCAUGCAAAGGUAGAGGCCCUUACUUUCUCGCCAGAUAGUAGGCUUAUAGCCACCGGAAGUUCGCGCACAGUCAAAGUAUGGAGCACGGAUACUGGAGAGAUGCUCCGGGAAUAUAAAACAAUGGAUAUAUGCCAGGCCCUCGCCUUUUCGAUGGACAGGCAAAGGUUGUUUAUGGUGUCAGGCCCUCGACAGAAACAAUACCUUCAAGAGGUAAUAACAAGCACAACACUUUGUGAGCUUCCAGACUGCAAUAUUUGGCAAUUGCUCCCAAGCAGCGUCCGGGAUGAUCUUUUUUCCACCAAUUGUGGACCAUUGCAAAUACUCACUUCCAAUGAUGCGACCUUGACUAAUUCUGACAUACACUCACUGUUUGUCACAAAUAGCUGGAUUAUGUAUGAUGGAUGCAAUGUCCUCUGGGUUCCUCAUGCAUAUAGACCUAGUCGUCUCAUUGUUAGAGACAACCUUGCCGUAUUUGGAUUGGCAGGUAAAGUUGAGAUUAUGGAAUUCGACUUUAGCGGAAUGCCUAGAUCGACAGAUUAUCAAAGCAACGUGUGGCUCUCUGAGCAAAACAUUCCGCCAGUUGAAUCCUAUAUAUAA